AAAAGCACUGAGGCGUUUAUUUUUAGAACGUCAACAUUCGAUCCACAUGUUCAUUUAAACGAAAAUAAAACCUAAUUACAAAAAUUAAUUUUAUAAAUUAAACUACAAUUCAAAAUGCAGGAUCCUAAUGAAGAUAGCGAAUGGAAUGAUGUUCUCAGAGCAAAAGGAAUUAUUCCACAAAAAGAAAAAGAAAUUUCAGAGGAUCAAAUUGUUUCUAUGUUAGAAGAAACAAUUGAACAAAAAACAAAAGAUGAUAAAAAGCUAUCAGAAUUAGAUUUAGAUGAACUAGAUGAACUUGAAGAUUCCGAAGACGAAGCUGUAAUACAAGAAUGGCGACGAAAACGUAUUGCGGAAAUCAAAGAGUUUACAUCGAAAGCAAAAUUUGGUACAGUUCGUGAAAUAUCUGGACAAGAUUAUGUUUCCGAGGUGAAUAAAGCUGGCGAAGGAAUUUGGGUUAUUUUACAUCUUUAUAAGCAAGGGAUUCCAUUUUGUGCAUUAUUGAAUCAACAUUUUCAAGAAUUGGCAAUGAAAUAUCCAACUGUAAAAUUUUUAAAAGCCAUUUCUACAACAUGUAUACCAAAUUUUCCCGACAAAAAUUUACCAACUAUAUUCGUUUAUUAUGAAGGGGACAUGAAAAAACAAUUUAUUGGUCCCGUAGAAUUAAGAGGACCCAAAAUAUCAUGUGAUGAAUUAGAAUACUUACUAGGAAAAACAGGAGCAAUUGAUACAAAAAUUAAAGAAGAUCCUAAACCAGCUGUGAAAGAUAAAUUAUUUUCAGAUUUGGCGGACACUAAUGAUUGGACAUUAUAAAAUCGGUUCAUAUUUUAAAAAUAUUGUUUGGGAUUUUUUUUUUUGGGAUAUCGUUAAGAUUAAUUAUUAUUAUCAGAUCUUCGAAAAUAUCGAAGAUUUUGCUCAGAGAAAAAAAGGGUUUGAUGCAUUUAUUCUUUUUCUUCUAUGGGUGAAUUGAAUCAGCAAUGUACUGAUUUGUUUAGACCAAAGAACGCAUAAAGCUAAUAUUAUCUUUAGAAAAGGUUUCGAUCUUUACAUUGCUGAAUUUUAAACAUGUAUUAUGUACCUAAGUAUUUUAUUACGUAAAGCUUCAUUCAGAUAUGUCGAAAAAUUGUAUUUAC